AUUUGUGACUGUUCGAGAAUGGCAACAUGGCAAGUGCGUAUGGCGACAACAGAGGAUGUUCCAGAAAUUUUGCGAAUGAUAACGGACUUAGCUGUAUUUGAGAAGCAACCAGAAUCAAGAGUUAAACCUACUGAGGAAGAAAUACGAAGGGAUGGUUUCGGAGAAACACCAUGGUUCAGCUGUCUGAUAGCAGAAGAGGUGAACCCCAAUGAAGAAAAGAACUGCAGCUUACCAACAAAAAAGGCUGUUGGUUAUGCAUUAUUUUUCAACAUUUAUUCCACUUGGGAAGGCCGAUCUCUCUAUUUGCAAGACCUUUAUGUCGACUCAGCUUUUAGAGGAAAAGGAAUUGGAAAAGAGUUGUUGAGACGAGUGGCUCAAAUUGCUGUUGAGAAGGGUUGUGCCAGACUGGACUGGGGUGUUCUUUACUGGAACAAAAUUGCAAGAGAUUUCUAUGACAAGCUUGGAGCAGUGUGCUUAGAUGAAUGGCGUCGGUAUUGCCUAAUGGGACAAGGUUUGCUAGAAUUUGCCAGCAAGGAACUUUUGUAGUACAACUAUACCAGUAGGCUUGUAAAAUUCUCUGGUGGUAGAUUCUGAAUUAUUAUGAGUGAAUACAGUAUGAACAAUCAACUACAUAAAAAAAGCUAUUCUCUCCUGGACCAUUGAAGAUUUGAUGACAC